AUUUUCAUUCUUAUUCAACUUGAUAUAUAUUUAUUUAUUUUUUAAACAUUUCUCACACCAUUUUUUUAUUUAUUUUUAUUCUUAAUGAAAAUCACAUUUUCAAAUUCAAAUCAAUUCCAAUCACUUUUGUCACCGAACGCAUAAAAAAAGGUAAGAGCUCCAGAGAGAGAGAGAAAGUAAAGAAAAGGCAGGGGAAAGUCGGGAGUCCCGGACUCCCACUACUUGCACUUGCAGAACAGAUCACAGCCCCAGUCUCCAAUCCAAACAAAAAAAAGGGGAAAAAAAAAGAAAAAAAAAGUCUCUCCAAGCUUCUAAGAGAAGAGAAUCCUAUUCUAGGGUUUCUUCAUCUGAAGGUGAAACAAUGGCGAGCGCUCAAUCGGAGCCGUUGUCCGUUAUUCCGAGUCCUUUGACUCCUGGUUCGAGGGUUUUUCGGACCCCUCCCGAUGAACCGAUUUCCAAGCGCCUUCGCGACUCCGGCUUCGACGAAGAGUCCAUCAAACGGCGAGACAAGGCUGCUCUUAUAGCUUAUAUCGCCAAGCUCGAAGCUGAGAUAUAUGACCAUCAACACCAUAUGGGUCUUCUUAUUUUGGAAAGAAAGGAGUGGAUUUCCAAGAAUGAGCAAGUCAAAUCCUCUGCUGAAUCAGCCGAAUUAAUAUAUAAGCGGGAUCAAGCUGCACACUCAUCUGCUCUAGCUGAAGCCAAGACACGAGAGGAGAAUCUGAAGAAGGCUCUUGGAAUUGAGAAAGAGUGUGUUGUUGCAAAUAUCGAGAAGGCAUUGCAUGAGAUGCGUGCAGAAUGUGCUGAGGCAAAAGUUGCAGCUGAGAGUAAAUUGUCUGAAGCACGAAGUAUGGCAGAAGAUGCUCAGAAAAAGUUUUCUGAGGCUGAAACAAAGAUGCAUGCAGCAGAAUCUUUAGAAGCAGAAACCAACCGGUAUCACCGUGCUGCUGAAAGAAAGUUACAUGAAGUGGAAGCACGUGAAGAUGAUCUUAGAAGGCGUAUCAUCUCUUUCAAGUCUGAUUGUGAUGCUAAAGAAAAAGAGAUCCUUCUUGAGAGGGAAUCUUUACGUGAAAGGCUGAAAACUCUGCAGCAAUCGCAAGAAAGAUUACUUGAUGGACAAGCUUUGCUAAACCAAAGGGAGGACUACAUUUCUAAUAGAUCUCAGGAUUUAAAUCGACUUGAGAAAGAGUUUGAGUCUUCAAAAGCAGACAUUGAGAAAGAACUUAGAGCCCUAAAUGAGGAGAGAAGCAAUCUGGAGCUAAAUGUAGCUUCAUUGUCAGCAAGGGAGGAGGCUGUUAUCAAAAGGGAAUGCGAGCUGAACAGGAGAGAAGAAGAGCUACUUGUUGUGCAGGAGAAACUUGCCAGGAAGGAAUCAGAUGGAAUUCAACAAGUUACAGCUAAUCAUGAAGCUGCUUUGAGAGCAAGGAAGUCUGAAUUUGAAGCAGAGUUGGAGAUAAAGCGCAAAUUGGUGGAAGAGGAAAUCGAGACCAAGAGACGUGCUUGGGAGUUGAGGGAGGUGGACCUUAGUCAACGGGAGGACAUAAUCUUGGAAAAAGAACAUGACUUGGAGGUUCAAUCAAGGGUAUUGGCAGAUAAGGAAAAAGAUUUGAUAGAGAGGGUAAAUUUACUCGAUGAGAAAGAGAGAAAUCUCCUUGCUGCUGAAAGAGAGGUUGAAUCGAUGAAAACCCUUCUGCAUAGGGAAAAAGAAGAGACCAACAACUUGAAGCUGGAGGUACAGAAGUCUAUGGAUUUACUGGACAACAGAAAGAAACAAGUUGAUCGUGCAGAAGGGGAAAUGGAGGCCAUGAAAAGUGAAACAAAUGAACUACUGGUAUUAGAAAUGAGACUUAAAGAAGAAAUUGAUACUAUCAGAGCCCAGAAGCUAGAAGUUGAUGUUCAGGCAGAUGAGUUGAAAGCAGAGAAGGCAAAGUUUGAAACUGAGUGGGAAUUGAUUGACGAGAAAAGAGAAGAAUUACGAAAGGAAGCAGAACGUAUUACUGAGGAGAGACUAGUAAUUUCUAAGUUUCUCAAGGAUGAGCGUGAUUGCCUAAAAUUGGAGAAGGAUGCAAUGUUGAAUCAGUAUAAACAUGACGCUGACUUACUUUCUCGUGAUCGGGAAGCCUUCAUGAGUGAAAUUGAGCACGAGCGUUCGGAGUGGUUCAGCAAGAUUCAGAAAGAACGUGCGGAUUUCUUGCUAGAUAUUGAGAUGCAGAAGAGGGAGCUAGAGAACUGUUUUAAUAAAAGGCGUGAAGAAAUCGAAAGUUACCUUGGGGAAAAAGAGAAGGCCUUUGAGGAAGAAAAGAAGAAAGAGCUUCAGCAUAUAGCUUCCCUUCAGGAAACAGUGGGAAAGGAAAUGGAACAAAUUAACUUGGAAAUGCAAAAGCUUGAUGCUGAGAGAAGAGAGAUCAAUUUGGACCGGGAACGAAGGGACGAGGAAUGGGCGGAGUUAAAUAAUACCAUUGAAGAACUUAAGGUGCAAAGGCAGAAGUUGGAGAAACAAAGG